AUAAAAUUAUUUCAUUUUCUUCUUCAAACUUCUCUCUCUUUUGCAAAAAUAACAAACCAAUCAUGUCAGCUCUCAACAAUUUUGCUACUACCAAUAUCCUCUCUUUUCCCUCAAAAUCUCUUCAAGAACCAAGAAAAACUCAAACUUUCUCAAUCAACUUUUCUCCACCCUUGACUAUACAAAAUUCACUAAAAACCCCAUCAAGAAUUAGUCUUGUUUGUCCAAUAAAUACUGUCACAGAAGAUAGGGAAGCAGAGACCAGUCAAGAAAAUGAAAAGAAAGAUACAGAUGGAACUGAAUUUGAUGAAACCAAGAAUAGUUUAUUGUCCAUUUUGUUGGAUAAAGAUAGAUUCUUUAAUGCUUCAAUUGUACUUGGUGCUGGUACACUUGCUAUCACAAAGUUACUCACCAUAGAUCAUGAGUAUUGGCAUGGGUGGACCCUUUACGAGAUACUGAGAUAUGCCCCGGAGCACAACUGGAUUGCAUAUGAAGAAGCGCUGAAAGCAAAUCCUGUUUUAGCUAAAAUGGCAAUUAGUGGUAUUGUCUACGCUCUAGGAGACUGGAUCGCUCAAUGCUAUGAAGGGAAGCCUCUUCUUGAAUUUGAUCGAACUCGCAUGUUUAGAUCUGGUCUUGUUGGAUUUUCACUUCAUGGUUCCCUUUCCCACUACUAUUACCAAUUUUGUGAGGCUCUUUUCCCAUCCGACUGGUGGGUGGUUCCUGCUAAAGUCGCUUUUGACCAAACCAUUUGGGCAGCAAUUUGGAAUAGCAUCUAUUUUGUGGUCCUUGGUUUCUUGCGUCUUGAAUCUGCUGCCAACAUUUUUGGCGAGCUCAAAACCACGUUUUGGCCCAUGUUAACAGCAGGGUGGAAACUUUGGCCAUUUGCUCACCUAAUAACUUAUGGUGUUGUUCCUCUUGAGCAAAGACUCCUUUGGGUGGAUUGUGUUGAACUGGUCUGGGUUACUAUUCUCUCAACUUAUUCGAAUGAGAAAUCAGAGGCACGGAUAUCUGAAGAAUUAUCGGAAGCUAAAUCUGAUUCAUCAUCGAGUACAUUGCCCGAGGAAUAAUCAGGAGAACAACUUCACAGGUUCUAUGAUGAGUUAUAUGAUCAAGUUAUAGUUAAAUUAGCCAGAAUGUAAAAAGCUAUUUAGGAAAUUAAAAAUGUCUAGUAUAUAGCCAACAAUGAUUUUCUUCUUCUAUAACUGUUAUUACUUGCUCUUUGCCUCCCUUACCCCUUGAUAAAUUGUGCGAAGAUAUAGAAAAGGCAAAAAAUAGAAAAGAAGAGUUUAUUGUAUGGAGGUCAUUUAUUUAUAUACUCCUUCCGUUUCAAUUUA